AUGGAUAUUGAUGUUAGUAAAGAGAAUAUACAGCCUUUGAAAGGUGGAAGAAAUCCUUUACAAUUGGGAACUGCAUUGCAAGCUCAAUCGGAUGUAGAUGCUCAAAGGCAGCUUCAGCUGCAAAAAGAGGAACAUGAAGCAGCUAUUAGGCAAUAUCAAGGAAUGGAUCCAUUGGAACCAUGGUUCAACUAUAUCCAGUGGGUGGAGCAGUCAUAUCCAAAACAUGGUCAUGAAGGCCAUAUAGACAAGCUCAUUAAAGAUUGUCUUCAACUGUUUGAAAAAGAUGAAAGAUAUUAUCAAGACAGAAGACUUGUAAAGCUGUGGAUUAAAUAUGUGGACUGUUUAUCUAAUCCAUUGGAGAUAUACCAAAGGCUAUAUAACACUGGCAUUGGUGUAGAAUGCUCAGAAUUCUAUAGAGCUUGGGCAUGUUACUGUGAGGAGUCUGGUGAUUAUAAAAAAGCUAACCAGGUGUAUAUGUUAGGGCUACAAGCAAAAGCACAGCCUAUUGAUGAACUUGAACAAGCCCAUAUGAACUUCCAGUUAUUUUUUGCCCAAAGAAUGUUACAUGAUGAUUCGCCAACUAAAAGGAAGGCGGCCUCUGCUUUAGCUGAAACAAGAAUGGCAUUGACAUCAUUAAAGUCCUUUAAGAGGAGAAAUAUUGCAAAUGUGCCAGUUCAAAGGGUUGGUGACAGUGUAAAGAGUGUAGUCCCAGGAGUGGUUAGACAACACCAUGGGAAUACUGACCGAAGGUUGCCUAAUUCAAAUGUCAUGGUGAAUGUAUAUGAGGAUGCUCCUUCGACGUCGCGUGUGGCAAUUCCCGUAGCGGAAAAUCCCGGACCAACUUCUUUAGUACAGUCAUGUAGCAAUGUAGAGAAUGAAAAAGAAGUUGGAAUUUGGACCAAUCCCAAGACUAAAAUGGUACAUUCUAAUGUUGUACCCCAUCAGCCUCUACCAUUUACACCUUAUGAAGAUGAAGAAGAUAUUUUGAAACUACCACCAAAUCACUUGCCUUAUUGUGUUGAUGACUUAACAUUUAAUGUACCUCUUUGUGUACCUGACCCUGCAGAUCCAACAAAAAUUGCUUGUUAUAAUAAGUCACAGGUCUAUGUUAAUGAAAUAGAAUACAGUUUAGAGGAAAUAAGAUCACGAAAAUAUAACCUUGAAAGGAAAAUAAAAAUGACAAAUGUAGAAAAUGUUGAUACACCACAAAAUUACAAUGAAAAUGAGGCUUUAGCACAAUGUAGUGCAUUAGAAACAUUAGCAAACUGUGCUUUAGACACAGAACAAGACCACUUAAGCCAACUUAUGCCUUUGUCCUUGCAAAAUAUUACUAAAGUUACUAAUAUGCAUUCGCCGGGAGAACCAAAAGUCUUUGUAAAUUUGGAUUCUAAGGAAUUGAGUGAGCAUGCCGACAAAAGAAAUGACGAAAUUCAAAAAAGCACCUCCCUGUCAGCAAACAAAGAGAAUCAAAUAGAUAAGUUUAGCACUUCUGACAACAAUUUUGUGGAUAAUGGUGGUGGGAACUAUGGCAAAAAUAAUUUAAUGGAGGAAUUUAAUAGGAGUCUUAUGGGCAAUCUCCUUGGUGACUCUGUUACUGUCAAUACUAAAGAAGCAAGAUGGGAACUAAGAAAUAUUUUCAAUGAUAAUGAGCCUUCAAUGGUUCAACCAGUGGUCCAACAGUUUGAAGUACCAAGGUUUGACAUUCAUGAAGAUAGAUCUAUGACUAUGGCAAUAAAUACCAAGAAAAACUUUGAAAUUCCUGAUGUAAGAAACUUGCCAGAAGACAAAGAAAAUGCAAACAAGUUUCCUCCACCAACAGCAGUUAGUGCACCGCAACAGGUAAAUAAAACUGCAUACUACGAAGAGCCUUCUUGUACCCAAGUAUUUAACUUUAAUAUUAAAGAUGCAAGCACGCCAAAUAUGUCACAGUUCAAGAAACCUACGAGUUGUAUUGAUCAGUCAUCAAAAUAUCCAUCAGUUCCAAAAUUUAGUAUGGACGAAAGUGUUGUUGAGCAAUCAGAUCUGGCAAUUGGUAAAAGAGAUGAGUUUUCACGACACAAUGCAGUUGAUCAUCAUGCCACUGCUGAAAAUCAAGGUGGAGGACUCUCUGUAAUAAUGGAAGCCACCAGAGAAUACAAUAGUAAAUCGGGUUCCAGCUCUUCAGAACAAGCCCAAAUACCUCCAUCUUCUGGCAUGUCUGAUUCAGAUAGUAAAGAUGGUAUGACUGCCCAGACUGCAACUCCAAUUCAAUCAGCUAAGGUGUCACAUACAAUUGAUAAGCAGAAAGAUAUAUUGAAACGGCAACUUGAUUUUGAACACAGAGUGGAGGUUCAAUCAGAGGAUAGUAGAGAUUCUGUAAGCAAAGAUAGUCGAAUCUCAUCAGUCUAUUCUAGGCAAUCAGACUUCCAAUCUGAUGGAUAUGGUAUGGACAUUGAUAGUGAGAAUUCAAUGGAAUGUGCAGCAUUCAAAUCUACACACUCCAUUUCAUUAGUAGAAACCAGUGAUAUACCAAGACCAGCUGACAUCGAUUUUCCAGCACAGAUUGAUCCAUUUAAUAAAAAGCUUAUUGCUUCCUUACUAGAAUAUGUAAAGUUUCCUAAUAAAACUCAUGCAGAAGGAUAUGUAGAAGUGCGGUCUAUUCCAAAGUUGCAAUUAGCUACAGUAAUAAGUGUUGGAAAUAACAAAUUCUCAAUUGAGAAACAAUUGGGUAAAGGGAAUUAUGGUGCAGUAUUUUUAUGUUUGGAUUUAAAUAGUCAUAAAUCUGUGGCAAUUAAAUAUCAAAAACCCAGUCGCCCAUGGGAGUUUUACAUUUGCCAAGAAAUUAAAGCUAGAAUAAAAGAUCCUUUCAUGCUGCCAGGAUAUAUGGACAUAAGCACUGCCUUUUUAGGAGAUAAUGCAAGUUUAUUUGUCUCGGAAUAUUCAAAAUAUGGGUCCCUUUUGGAUGUUGCUAAUAAAGUUAGAAUUGCUACCUCAAAGUGUAUUAAUGAGUUCAUUGUUAUACUUUUAACAUCAGAAAUAUUAUCAAUAGUUCAUUACCUUCAUAAAGCACAGAUUAUACAUGCAGACAUAAAACCUGAUAAUUUCUUGCUUAUGAAAAUCCCUACCCAAGAAUGGAGGACACCAUCACUUCAACUGAUUGACUUAGGUUGUGCAAUUGAUAUGUCUCUUUUCCCUAAAGGAACAACAUUUAGAGAGUUAAUAGCUACAGAGGGUUUCACAUGUACAGAGAUGAGGGAAGGAAAACCUUGGACAUAUCAAACUGAUUUAUACUGCUUGGCUGGUACAAUACAUGUUAUUUUGAUGGGAAGCUACAUGAAGGUUGUCAGUCGUCUUGGUCAAUGGAAUAUAGACAAAAAAUUACCAAGGUACAUGAAAGUAAGUUUAUGGGAUAAGAUAUUUACUACUUUACUUAACAUACCAGAUUGCAAUAAUCUACCAGACUUAAUGGAUCUCAAGAAUGAGGUAGACAGUGUAUUAAAUGAAAUAGAUAACCUUGGCUUUCAACUCCGUAACUUUGCUAAUGUCCUUAAGUCAAGA